GCCGGGCCGGGCGGGAUGGGGAGGCUGCACCUGGACAAAGGGGCGGGGGCGCGGACGGCCCUGACCCGCUCUUCUCGCCGUGCUCCCCGCAGUCACGACAAGGGACCCGAGGCCGAGGAGGGCGUCGAGCUGCAAGAAGGCGGGGACGGCCCUGGGGCGGAGGAGCAGACGGCGGUGGCCAUCGCCAGCGUCCAGCAGGCGGCGUUCGGCGACCACAACAUCCAGUACCAGUUCCGCACAGAGAAUAAUGGAGGACAGGUGACAUACCGCGUAGUCCAGGUGACUGAUGGUCAGCUGGACGGCCAGGGCGACACGACAGGCGCUGUCAGCGUCGUGUCUACGGCCGCCUUCGCGGGGGGGCAGCAGGCUGUGACCCAAGUGGGUGUGGAUGGCGCAUCCCAGCGCCCCGGCCCCGCUGCUGCCUCUGUGCCCCCAGGCCCUGCAGCACCCUUCCCACUGGCUGUAAUCCAAAAUCCCUUCAGCAAUGGCGGCAGCCCGGCAGCUGAGGCUGUCAGUGGGGAGGCACGAUUUGCCUAUUUCCCAGCGUCCAGUGUGGGAGAUACCACGGCUGUGUCCGUACAGACCACAGACCAGAGCUUGCAGGCCGGAGGUCAGUUCUAUGUGAUGAUGACACCCCAGGACGUGCUUCAGACAGGAACACAGAGGACGAUCGCACCCCGGACACACCCCUACUCCCCGAAGAUCGAUGGAACCAGAACGCCGCGGGAUGAGCGGAGGAGAGCUCAGCACAAUGAAGUGGAGCGGAGGCGGAGGGACAAGAUCAACAACUGGAUCGUCCAGCUUUCGAAAAUCAUUCCAGAUUGUAAUGCAGACAAUAGCAAGACGGGAGCGAGCAAAGGCGGGAUCCUGUCCAAGGCCUGCGACUACAUCCGGGAGCUGCGCCAGACGAACCAGCGCAUGCAGGAGACCUUCAAGGAGGCCGAGCGCCUGCAGAUGGACAACGAACUCCUGAGGCAACAGAUCGAGGAGCUGAAGAACGAGAACGCCGUGCUCCGCGCCCAGCUGCAGCAGCACAACCUGGAGAUGGUGGGCGAGAGCGCCCGGCAGUGA